AUGGAUGCAUCGUCAUUGUCUGGGGACGAUGAUGAUUGGGAGAUUGUGUCCACUUCAUUCCGAUCCCGAUCUCCAUCACCCAAGCCGAAGACAUCAGAAUCAGAAGCAGAAUCAGUGGCAGCAGCUGCAUCAGAAACAAUCGGAAUCACAGUCGAGGUUCCCACCCCAGCUGCACCACCGACUCCUCUUAUACUACUAUCAUUCAACAUGCCGGGCUGGAAAGACGAAUACCUUUCUUCGAUAUUGGAAGCUGAGAGGAACAGCCCGGUCAACCAGGAGCUCGUCGAGGCCUGUUCACUCCUCAACGACCGCAUAGCAGCCCUCGAGGCCGAGAAGGCCCACUGGCAAUUAUCAUCACCGUCGCCCUCCAACACACAACCAACGACGACCAAAGAACCCACCACCGCUGCCGACCCGGCCCAGUCCCGCCUGCGCGCCGACCUAGCCGAAGCCCUGCGACAGAAAUCAUCCCUCGAGACCCGCCUCCGCAAGACCACCAGCGAGCGCGACGCCCUGCAGGCCACGAGCCGGACGCAGGCGCGCGUGGUGCGCGACCUGACGGCCGAGCGGGACACGCUGCGGCUGCGAGUGGGCGACCAGGCCGAGGAGCUGCGCGGCAAGAAGCAGAUGCUCGAGCAGGUGCAGGACGAGGUGCUGGCCCUCGAGCUGCAGCUCAACGUGGCGGAGCAGCAGAAGGCCAAGAUCGCCGCCGAGAACAAGCAGCUGAUCGAGCGCUGGAUGAGGAGGGCGCGACAGGAGGCAGACGACAUGAACGCUGCCAACGAGAAGCGGAGCGAUGGGACAUGA